CAAUCCUCCGGCCGCGGUGGCGCAGGCAACAUCCGUUCGACCUCUGCCUCUCGCGACGCUCGCCCAGUUGAUGGUCCCGAUGACUAUUCCAUCACCCGCGGUCGCGAACCCCAUCCUGUCCAAGAGUCCGGCAAAAUCGUAUCCACCGGCCGCGGAGGAGCAGGAAACAUACGUUCGCCCUCGCGCGACGUCACGGAGAACAGGGAAGCGGUGUACGAGCACGAGAGAGACGUGGUCAGAAAGGCGGAAGCUGAGCAUGCCGGUGCUCUGCAUUCCUCUGGCCGCGGCGGCAUGGGCAACAUACGCUCGCCCUCCCGUUCUCGCUCUCGAGACCCUCACCAUGCUCAUCCCGCCGUACACAGCACCGGACGUGGAGGAGUCGGGAAUCUCAAAGCUGGCGACGGAAUAGACGUGAACAUAAGCGAGAUCGAAGAGGAGGAGAGGGCCGCUCAUCAUCAUGAGUCUGUCGGACCGCACUCCACCGGUCGUGGCGGUAUCGCCAACCUCACCUCCGCUCCCGCCCCCGCCAUUGAACACGAGCAUCCACACGCCACGCACAACCACGACGGCUUCGAGUCCACCGGGCGCGGUGGCGCUGGUAACAUUCGUACUCGUGACGGUUCAAGGGAGCCAAGGGAGCCAGAGAAGGAGCGGGGCAGGAACGGACAUGGACAUGGGAUCUCGGCGCUGUUGGAUAGGGUGUCGAGAAGCCGAACGAGGGAAAGGGCGAGUGGGGAGUUCGACAGGGAGAAGGAAGGACCGGGUAACCCUGUGAAGGGACCGGAUGUGCCGACUGUUGCGGAGUGA